UGAAACGUGGAGCGUACUUUUUUUGUUUUACCUAUUGUUGCUAAUAAAAACGUUUUGCGAUUUUAGUCGCCAUGCCAGCCCUCCCGUUGUCUUUGAGUUGGCUGGCUAGCAGGCCGAGCUGACUCACUUGCACUUCAUUGUGAUAUAGCUAGCUAACGUUAGUUGAGAAUCUUAACUUUACAAGUGUUGGCAUCAUGUCAGACAAAAGCGAGCUAAAAGCGGAACUUGAAAGGAAGAAGCAACGCCUGGCUCAGAUCAGGGAGGAGAAGAAAAGGAAGGAAGAUGAGCGCAAAAAGAAAGAGGCUGACUCGAAGAAAGAUGCAGCCCCAAUGGAUGACUCCGACUUGGAGAAAAAGAGACGUGAGACAGAUGCCCUUCUGCAGAGCAUGGGCAUCACGUCAGCUGAUGUUCCUGUUGUCCCUCCUCCCAUGUCUCCAACCUGCAAAUCCGUGGGCACACCAAGCGAGGCAGGGAGCCAAGACUCGGGCGACGGCGCCGUGGGACCCAGGACUCUCCACUGGGACUCUGACCCGUCCACUCUUCAGCUUCACUCUGACUCUGAGCUGCGGCGGGGAACUCUGAAGAUGGGCAUGGCCAAGAUCACCCAUGUUGACUUCCCUCCAAAAGAGACUGUGUCGUACACCAAGGAGACCCAGACACCUGUGAUGACCCAGCAGAAAGAAGAGGAAGAAGAAGAGGAGGAGGAAGUUGCUCCACCACAACAAGUGCUUGAGGCCCAAACAGAGAAACCUGUCCAGAAAGAGGAGGAGGAAGCACCUCCACAAGAGCUGACCGAGGAGGAGAAGCUGCAGAUCCUCCACUCUGAGCAGUUCAUAACCUUCUUUGACCACAGCACCCGCAUCGUGGAGCGGGCCCUGUCUGAACACGUGGACGUCUUCUUCGACUACAGUGGUCGCGAGAUGGAGGAGAAGGAGGGUGAGAUCCAGGCAGGGGCCAAGCUGUUUCUGAACAGGCAGUUUAUGGACGAGCGCUGGUCCAAGCACCGUGUGGUCACCUGUCUGGACUGGUCCGCUCAGUAUCCUGAGCUGCUGGUUGCCUCAUACAACAACAACGAGGAAGCCCCCCACGAGCCGGACGGGGUGGCCCUGGUCUGGAACAUGAAGUACAAGAAGAACACGCCGGAGUACGUCUUCCACUGCCAGUCUGCAGUGAUGUCGGCCGCCUUUGCCAAGUUCCACCCUAACCUGGUGGUGGGGGGCACCUACUCAGGGCAGAUCGUUCUGUGGGACAACCGGAGCAACAAGAGGACCCCUGUACAGAGGACCCCCCUGUCAGCCGCAGCACACACGCACCCAGUGUACUGUGUGAACGUGCUGGGCACCCAGAACGCCAACAACCUCAUCAGCAUCUCUACCGACGGCAAGAUGUGUUCCUGGAGCCUGGACAUGCUGUCUCAGCCGCAGGACAGCCUGGAGCUGGUGUUGAAGCAGUCGAAGGCCGUCGCUGUCACCUCCAUGUCUUUCCCCCUCGGGGAUGUCAACAACUUUGCGGUGGGGAGCGAGGACGGUUCCGUCUACAUGGCGUGUCGUCAUGGAAGUAAAGCAGGGAUCAGUGAGAUGUUUGAGGGCCACCACGGGCCUAUCACAGGGAUAGACUGUCACACAGCGACCGGGCCCGUCGACUUCUCCCACCUGUUUGUCACCUCCUCCUUCGACUGGACCGUCAAGCUGUGGAGCACUAAGAACAACAAGCCGCUGUACUCGUUCGAGGACAACUCGGAUUACGUCUACGACGUCAUGUGGUCUCCCACUCACCCGGCGCUGUUUGCGUGUGUGGAUGGAGUGGGCCAUCUUGACCUGUGGAACCUCAACAACGACACUGAGGUUCCUACAGCCAGUACCACAGUGGAGGGGAACCCAGCCCUGAACCGCGUGCGAUGGGCCCAUUCCGGCAAAGAGAUUGCCGUGGGAGACUCUGAUGGACAGAUUCUGGUCUAUGAUGUUGGAGAGCAAAUCACCGUUCCACGCAACGACGAGUGGACCCGUUUCGUCCGAACCCUGGCGGAGAUCAACGAGAACCGGGACGACGCAGAGGAGCUGGCCGCUCAGCGUCUCUCUGCCUGAUCGCCAUGGAAACUCCAGUCUAGGGACCAGAGAAAGGCUUCAUAUUGUCAGCCUUGUUUUGAUUGGAGAAAAAGACUAGAUUUGCGACAAUGUUCAGGCGUGUGGACAUCUUUUCUUUGGAAACAUUGUAGUCAGAUUUAAUACACAUAGCUACUUAACUGGGAUAGCCUUCUACUUCGGCUGGUUUAAGUACACCAGUCUCCGAUGGGAUAACUAACAGGGCUAUCUAUCAACCUCAGACACUACAAGAAACAGAGCCAUCUUCUUACUCUGCAAUACAAAUCAGUUGGAACUCUUUUUCAACGACUCAAAAACCAGAAUGCCUUAAAGGUACCAUGUCUGAAUCCAUACGGUAGUGUUGUGGGUUUAGCUUCAGUUUCACAGGCCACUCGACUUGUUUGUGGUUACACCACCUUCGAGCAUGUGUUUGCUGUCCUCAUGACUCAUGAUUGCUGUUCACCAUCUGUGCUUCGAUGCCCGUGUCCACUUCAACUGCAGUAGACCCAUCACUACACACAGGAAUGUAGUGGUCUCAGACAUCAGCCAGUGUUUUCUAUGUUCCUUCAACCUAGAUGCACAAGAUCUCCACUUGUUUUUUGUACUAUAUGGACAAUUGUAACCUUCAACUUGACUAUUGCUCUUAAACUAAAUUUGACACUUAAGAUAUCAGAACCAGAAUCUUUAGAAGUUUGAGGGAGAACUACCUGAAGAUAUUAUGCCUUAUUGGAAAAUUGCUUAAUGUGUAGUAUGAAUUCAGUCUCCAUACUUUAUGGCGUGUCUAAGCAAAAGUGUUACUUUUUGUGACCUAGAUAUUACAGAGAAUGUCUUCCACGAAUCUCAAUGUACUUUUCACAAUUAAAAUUAAGCCAUUUUGAUUUAUUUCAACAAAAUACAAUAGAUACAUUUAAAUGAUUUCCCAAAACCCUGGUCAUGAUUUCAAAAUAAAUACUUUUUAAAACA